UUUGGGCCGAGUGCCGCCUCAGCGCACGUACAGUGCCACGCCGGUGGUUCGUGUGGCAUCCGCCAGCUUGGGCUUUUUCCCGCCAUCGCUGGCUUCAAACCGGUACCAGGCGACGAGGGUCUUCGCGUCCAGCCCCGCGUGAGCGAUCCCUUCACUGCUGCUCACCUUUCAUUUCGGUGUCGAGCACCGGGGUUAGGUUCCGGAGUUCCCUUUGUCACAGAGGUGACGGUUCAGAUCCGCCAAAGCGAGCAAGGCGCAGUCUGAGGGACCGUCCCCUCAUGAGGACAUCGCCGCAGCCCCGCCCGUGAGCUCCGUUACUCGGUCCUGCGAGCGCGCUGAGAAAGGAAACACUUUGGAGCUUCAGCAUGGGAGCUGUAGUAGCUGAUGAUGGUCCAUCUGGUGUUAAAGCCCCUGAUGGAGGCUGGGGCUGGGCUGUCCUUUUUGGCUGCUUUAUCAUCACAGGAUUCUCCUAUGCCUUUCCUAAAGCAGUUAGUGUCUUCUUUAAAGAACUUAUCCGGGAAUUUGGCAUUGGAUAUAGUGACACUGCAUGGAUUUCCUCCAUUCUGUUGGCUAUGCUUUAUGGAACAGGUCCACUCUGUAGUGUGUGUGUCAAUCGGUUUGGCUGUCGUCCUGUCAUGCUGGUGGGUGGCCUUUUUGCUUCAAUGGGGAUGGUCAUAGCCUCAUUCUGCACGAGCAUCAUUCAGGUCUAUCUAACUGCAGGUGUGAUUACUGGUUUGGGUCUGGCACUGAACUUUCAGCCUUCACUCAUCAUGUUAAACCGUUACUUUGACAAACGGCGGCCCUUGGCCAACGGGCUGUCUGCUGCUGGGAGUCCAGUGUUUCUUUGUGCACUCUCACCGUUGGGGCAGAUACUACAACACGAGUAUGGCUGGAGAGGAGGAUUCCUUAUACUGGGUGGGAUGCUGCUCAACUGUUGUGUAUGUGGAGCAUUAAUGAGACCUUUGGAGCCACCCAAAAAGUCUGAAGCUACCAAAGAACCAGCUGAGAAGAAAGUGAAGAAAAAACUUCUGGAUUUCAGUGUGUUUAAGGAUGGUGGUUUUGUAAUCUACACGCUAGCAGCAUCAAUCAUGGUGCUUGGCCUCUUUGUUCCCCCAGUUUUUGUUGUGAGUUAUGCCAAGGAUCUAGAGUAUCAAGACACCAAAGCAGCUUUUCUUCUGACUAUUCUGGGCUUCAUUGAUAUCUUUGCUCGGCCUAUUUGUGGGAUGGUAGCUGGUCUUAAAUGGGUUAGACCACGCUGUGUCUACCUCUUCAGUUUUGCUAUGAUUUUCAAUGGCUUUACAGAUCUCAUGGGUUCUAUGUCUGUUGAUUAUGGUGGCCUGGUGGUCUUUUGUAUUUUCUUUGGUAUUUCAUAUGGAAUGGUGGGUGCUCUUCAGUUUGAAGUUCUCAUGGCUAUUGUUGGUACUCAGAAGUUUUCCAGUGCUAUCGGUUUAGUGCUCCUGGCAGAAGCUAUGGCUGUUCUAAUUGGUCCACCAUCAGCAGGAAAACUCUUGGAUGCAACAAGGAGCUAUAUGUUUGUUUUUAUUACUGCUGGAGUUGAAGUAACCACUUCAGCACUGGUAUUGGCCUUGGGAAAUUUUUUCUGCAUUAAGAAAAAAUCAGAAGAACCACAUAUGAAGGAAGAAGCAGCAGAGAGAGAGGAAUUAAACAAAUCUGAAGAUAAAACUCCUGAAGAUGCCAAGGUGGACUCUAUUGAAGUGGAGCAGUUUCUGAAAGAUGAGCCUGAAAAGAAUGGUGAAGUUGUAACUAAUCCAGAAACGUGCGUGUGAGCAUGACAGAAAACAGACAAAAUGUUUAGAAAAGGAAGAUUUUCAACACUAUUUAUUUUAGAAAUAGAACUAGUUUAGGGCUGGGCCAUCUGCUUUAUUGCCUGGAGGCAGGUCAGCUCAUUGGGUGUCUCUGGAAGCUGACCAGCUAGGCAACCUUUAUUGGAAAAUUAGCUUUAUCAGUGAAAGGUGGAGUAUCGUGGUUAUACUUUUUAAUGUUAACUAAAAAGCUUUUAUAAUAAACACAAGUAGAGUCUUGCUAUGCAUCACCAGAAAAUACUCACUUGGAAGAGACAUAGGAAGAAUAUAUUUUAAGAAAAGUAGUAUUAUAUGUAUGUUUUCAUACAGUUUUGGUGAAAUCGCUGUGUUGUUUGGCUAAGUAUAAUUUCCCUUCCUGUGUUCCUUGUGAAGGGGAGAGAGUUUGAGAUGGAGAAAAAUCUCAGGAACUUCAAAGUUCUCCAUUUGGUUUUUGAAUUUCUUAAUUUUUUAGAUUUUUAGAUUGAUUGGCUCAGCCCUAAUUUACUUUUGAUAAUAACUGUUACUUUGAUUUAUGUAAAUGUAUUUCUAAGUUUUGUCUAAACCUGUAAUCUUUGUAAUUAUCAUCUGGAAAUACUGUCUGUGAAAAGUCACAUUACAGAUAGUCCUCAGCAGAUCAAAAGUGGUACUCUGAGGUAAUAUGAAAAUAAAAUAAGCAGAAUCGAUCCUGACAGACUGUAAGCAAACCAAGUUAGUGUGUGUUUACAUACAUGGUUUUCAGUAGUUUCCCUACAGCACUGAAAAAUAUUACAAGUAAGGUGGAGAGAUGGAUACUAGGUUUUGUAGAAUCUUCUGCAAGACUGUCCAUUUUGUAUAUAAAAGAAACAGUAAGUUUCCAGAUGACCUAUGUUAGCAGCACAGGAAAGUUUUAACAUGAUGGACUGAUUUGUUGGUUUUGUUUUUCAUUUCCCCACUUACCUAUCCUUUUGCUUAAUCUAUGGUAAUUCAAGGUGCCAUUACUGGUGGUUGAGGAAACAUAAUAGAACUGUUGAUCCUAUUUAUGACAGCAAUACAUAUGGACCAAUCAAGAGUGAGGUCAGCUCUACUACUCAUUGUACAAAGAGAAUGGAGAGUUUCUGGCCAAGUCUUUAAAUCUUCUUUGACACUGGUAUGGGGGAAGAAGAAACAGAUCAAUCAAGGUAGUGACAGCACAUUUGAAGAAACAUGGAAAGGGAAAAGACUGUGAGGACACUGAAUAGAAAAGGAAGGUAAAGCUAAGGCAUUCUAUGUAUUUUUUUUCCACUCAAACACAUUUAAGAAAUGUAAUCUUUUAUACAAAAUUCUGCCACUACAACCCACAUUUCAGGUAUGUUCAUAAAAAGCUCUAUAUAGAGCGUUUGUGACUGCAGUAGCAAUCUUCAAAACAGAAAUAAACCAGACUAAUUUUAACAAAUUCAGUUUUCCUGAUGGUUGCAAAGGAAUAUUGGCUUCCAGGUGCCAAAAUUGUUCUGCUUAGUUACUGAAAACUGAAACACCCUAAUCCCUUAAAACCCUGUAUCCCUUUUAAAAAUAAUUAGUUGUUUCAUUCUCAAUCAUUUUAACAGAAACAUAGAGUAAACUCAACAAAGUGCAAAAACCAUGAACCAUUUCCUAAUGGAACUAUUAGAUAUCAGCUUCCAUUCUGAUAGUGUCUUCAAAAUGGUUUUGCAUUGUUAGGACAACCUUGCACAGAAAUCGAGCAGUUAGGCUGCUGAUUAGGGUUUUUUUUGAGUGGUUUGAAAAAGAAAUUGAUGCCGUACUGAACAAGCUGUUUGUUUUUGUAUCACAUGUAGUGCAUUACUUUAAAGCCUUUUAUUAAUUUAGUAGCAGGAAUUGCGCUGGCAUGUCCCAGCUAAAAGAACCUGGUCACCAAAUUUAGCUCCAGUUUGCUAAAGACUAAAUCAGUACUUGGAACACAACACUGCUAGAAGAUCCCCAUCUGAAAGGGCAAAAGGAAAAUGGAAUCCACAAACCAGUUUAUUAUAUCCCUGGAGGCUGCUCCAGAUGAUGUGUGAAGAAGGUCUGAUACCGUUUUCAGACUGGAGUUGUAUUUCCAAAAGCAGAAACUAGAAACCUUCCCAAAGGUGAAUUCAAGUCCUCAAAUAGCCAUUUUUUGACACUGUGGGUUUCGAUCACCAGAUUUCUUUGCUAGAUAAUGCUCUACUGUUGUCACAGAACUAAAUGAUUAUUCCUUUGACCUCAGGUUUUGGCAAAAUAUUCCAUACAUUUUGCAAAUUGUCUAGACUCUUAACAUCUUGAAAAUCUGAUCUUAUCACACUGACGCUUCAGACUGUUUCAUUUUCCACAUACAAUACCUUUAGGCUAAGCUGGAAACAAGAAGUGUUACAAUUUUAUGUGAUUGGGCAGAAGAGGAAGUUAAGAUGAGGGAAACACAUUUCAACAAGACGCCACAAAUAAUUUCUAAAAGUAAAUCUAGUGUUCACAGAAAGUGUCAUGUUUGCCCAUACAAGUUCUUUUCCUUGACUCAAAGACGAGCAGGGCUCUGAGCAGGGCUGCCAGUUCUCUUGUAUUAUUUUCAGCACAGACCUACCAAUGGGUAUUUGGUAUUUGUGAGAACAGGAGAUGCUUACUGCCUGAGAGAUGUCAAAUUACAGGACGCUCUUAUUAACUGUGAAAUAAGGGUUAGAAUUUAAUUUACUAGGCAGUUUGACACAGGUUAUAAAACCUUUCACUGUUUUAAUUAUUUACAAGACACACCAACACACAGCUGAGGAACUCCUAAAGCAGAUCUCUUAGCAACAUCAAAACUGGCAGGCUUGAGAGUACUUCUGAGUUCUGGAGCCAGGUGAGCUCCCUGCUUCCAUUCUGUCCCAUUCAGGGGUGACAUCCAGAUGUGUGCCUCGCCCUCCAGUCCUCUUCCCAUUCAGGUGACCUUAUUUCCUUGGGAAGCUACUGACUGUACUGGCUGGAAGGAAAGCUUCAUGCAUGCUGGAUCCCUAGCCUGGACAACUGCAAGUCAGGACUCAACAGCUUGUACAGACAUGGCCACAAAGGCCUUUACAUGAAGCUCCUGUUUUAUACACCUGCCUCCUUUUUACCCCAAGAUGUAAAGAAAAAAAAAAGAAUUAAGCAGCACAUCCUGGGGUUCCCAGAGCUGUCUUAGAACACCAGCUGGGUACAGAGUUGUAUCGGAACAGUUUGUCUUGGCUAGACUAGCCUGUCUCAUUAUUUUACCUCUGCUAAUUGUAAAUUCACAAGGAAUUGUGUUUAAAGCCCUCCAGGUAUUUUGGUACAGUAUUUCUUCUCAACACCACUGAGAUCCUCUUUAAGAGCAGUUUGUGAAAUUGCUCCUUUAUAUAUUUUCAGGAAGCUCAUGGUUGGAGUUAAAAAGCAUUGCUAAAGAGACACUAACUGCCUGAGGACAAGCAGAAAAAUUAAUGCAGCAUCCACCUGGAUGAACCUUCAACCUUCACCUGAUUAAAAUUUUGUGAUUUGAAAAAAGGGAAGAAAAGGGGAAAGAGAAAGGAAGGCAGGUAAUUACAAAACUGAAUUGCCAAACAUCCCAAAGCAACAUUUUAAUGUGCUCUUGCAUCAUACACUGCUGGAACAAAUGUAAUUUCUGUAGACACACAGUGCAUUAAUAUAUUUAAGAAGUCUGUGAGGGAAACAAUUGAGAAACAAACGUGCAAAAAAUCCGAGUAUACUACUAUAAAACAGUUGAAGGAUACUUUUCAUAGAUUAUUUUUCUGAAACUAAUGAAUGGUCUUAUAGUGUACAGGCUAGCAUAAUUUCUUAAGCUUUUUAGGUCUUUUUACAUUCUAUAAAUUGUGUACUGUAGGAUUUAUGGUUGCAAUAUUGUAUGUUUGAUCAUGUAAUGGAUCUUAGGCCCUUAACUUCCUAAUGCAAGGAGAGGGUGUGUGUAUAAAUGCCUCUAAAACAGAUAAAAUAGAGUGGUGUGUAUGAGUGUGCAUAUAUAUAUGUAUCAGUCUAUAGAUAUCAAACAUGCAAAAUGGGACAGCAGUGUGCCCUCGUGGCAAAAAGAGCCAACAGUAUCCUGGGAUGCAUUAAGAACAAUGUGGCCAGCAGGCUAAUGGAAGUUCUCCUCCCCCUCUAUUCUGCAUUAACGAGACCACCUCUGGAGUACUGUGUCCAGUUCUGGGCUUCCCAGUUCAAAAGGGACAGGGAGGUGCUGGAAAUAGUCCAGCAGACAUACAAGGAUAAUGAAGGGACUGGAACAUCUGUCAUAUGAGGAGAGGCUAAGAGACCCGAGGCUGCUUAGACUGGAGAAGACUGAGAGGGGACCUGGUUAAUGUCUAUAAAUAUCUGAAGGCUGGGUGUCAAGAAUGGGCCAGUCUCUGUUCAGUGGUGCCUGUGACAGGACGAGGGGAAACAGCACCAAGCGACAACACAGUAAGUUCCACCUCAACAUGAGGAGAAACUUCUUAUCUGUGAGGGUGGUAGAGCCCUGGGACAGGCUGCCCAGAGAGGCUGUGGAGUCUCCUUCUCUGGAGACUUUCAAGACCAGUCUGGAAACAUUUCUGUAUGAUCUGCCCUGGGUGUUCCUUCUGCAGCAGGGGGGUUGGACUCAAUCUUCAGAGGUCCCUUCCAACCCCUGUGAUUCUAUGGUUCUAUGAAAAUACCCAGUAGAGACAGUUCAUCUACUAGACAAAGAGCAAUGCAGUUAAAACUAUUUUCUCCCCCCUAUACAGAGAGGUUUGCUUUCUAAAAAUUUCUUAAUAAAAUAUUUUGUCACUAUUUGGAGCCUAGAAGACCUCAGUGUAACAAAAAACCUUAGCGAUGCAGCUGUUUAAAUCACAAUCUCUAUAGACUUUUUUUUCUCCAGUCCUUAAAUAACAACUGUAGUAAAUCUUCAGCAGUACUUGCUGCAAAAGCUGCUACUUCCCCAAUGCUGAGACUUGAGAUUUUAUGAAGGUAUGGGUGAAGGCCUAGACAGAUCUUGUGCUUGUUAAUAUUAAAUCCCAUCCAAACAUGUCUGUUAGACAACGUAAACUAAUUAUCUAAAAAGAAAUUAAAACAUUCUCCCAACCAAGCCAUCAAACUUCAGAAUGAAAGUCCAAAAUACACUUGUGUAUGUACCUUUGGUAUGUCUUAAAGAAAAGCUGCAGUUUGGUAGGCAGUCAUAAACAGGGCCUUCAGGAGAAUGCAAAUUCUUCCACAUUACAGUGGCAAGUCCUGACUUGCGUGUGUGUGUCGGGUCUGCCACGCUUAUCUUUGGCAUUAUGAGAGUACACCUAAAUUUUUUGCAAGUGAGAUGACUGUUUCUUGUUACUGCACUUUAAUGUGUACAUUUAUACUUUGAUUUUUUAAUGCUUUUCUAGUAAACUGUUGCAAAUGUAGUGAAUAAAUAUUUGGUUGUCAAAAACUGUGGGUAUGAGAAAAUAAGCUUAGAAAAAAUAACUUUUAACACCCAGAUUUGUAAAUUUUAGCAGCCUUCUCAAUGCUUCUGGAAUUGAGUUCAUUUUUAUGCCAGUAGGAAAAAGGCAUAUCUACCGCAAAAGUUGGGGCUCUUGAAAGUCUCUUGCUAGUGUCAGUCUCUUGAGAUCAGCAGUCCUGUAUUUGUCUGAGAAAGUAUGGAAAGUUAUAAGCACACAGUAAAAAGCUACUUACCUCUGGUUGAAAGCUGUUUGUUCCUUGACUAAUCUCAAUGCCUGCUUCAUCAUUUCAGCAGCAUUCAAGUUGUCACCUUUCCUCACUAUCCCAGAUGACUGCUUUGAAGCAGCAAGAAAUGAGGACAGCUCUUGAUCUUCUGACUCUUCCAUCUACUGCCAUUUCAGCAGUUUUAAGCCUUUCACUGGAAAACUCUGAAUUCAAUGAAGUGGCUUAUCUAAAUUUUAGUAUUUAAAAUUCUUAAACAGCAAAAGACUCUUCCAUCUUGCUGAAAGAUGUGGCAUAAGAUCCAGUGGUUUAUAAUGGCAGACAAACUUUAAAAGACAGUUUCUUACCAGUGAGAGCAGGUAUGUUAGGGGUCUUUUUAGAAAAAAAAUGUGCAUGAUCUCAAAAUACUCUGUAUCGCCAGUUUAUCCUUUCCUUAAGGAUUAUGGGAAGUACCAGCAGCCUUGCAUUGCCUUUGUGCCUGUAGUGCUUGUAGCUCUAAACCAAGCUGAGGACUGUAAUUAAACUAGAUGUUUUGUCUGGUUAUGA